GUGAAAACAAGGGAUUUUUUUCAUGAGCGACAGCAUAUUGUGGGAACUAAAUGUUACGCUUGAGGAAUGGUUCUAUGGAUCUUUUGUGCUUUAUGUUUCACUGUAGUUCUAUGUGAAAGUCAACAUAUUUGUCCUAAGCCUGGAAAUGAUAAAGAAUGUUGUGAUAGCUAUCAUCCGGUGAAUGGAACAUGUGUUGCGUGUCCUGAUGGCUGGUAUGCGAAGAACUGCACUGAAAAAUGUCCGGAAAACAUGUAUGGUCAAUUGUGUGGGACGAUGUGUCCUUCGAAUUGCAACACUUCUUGUCAUCACGUACAUGGCUGCCAAGUUACAAUGGAUAUGGGUGACUGGAAAGUUACCAGUGUUUCAACAAAUAAUACCACCAAUUACCAUAAUGACAAUGGCGCUUUUCAUCUGACACCAAUGAUAUGGAUUAUAUUGGGAUCCGCCACCGGCUUUGUACUAAUCAUCUGUCUCAUCGGCGUUGCUAGAAAGCUUUGUCAAAAUUCAGAAAAGAAAACAUCAUGGGAACCAACAAUGUCGACGUAUAACGAUGAACCUCAUUUGAACCCCCACUUCACACGUUCUGUUCCUGAGCAAAAUCAAAGAAUUUCAAUUCAGAAUAGCCAAACCUACAUGGACAUUAAUGACACCAACAUGAUGAAGAAUGUGAAUAUUAAAAAUGAUCCAAUCGAUAUGCAAAUCAAUCAUGCAGUGAUGCCAAAGGAGGACAAUAUUUCCGGUUCAUACGUUGAAGAGUCACACUUCAACACUAAUCAUCAUUCUCCAGCAAAGAGAAAAUUUUCAUCGUUUAAAGCACAUGUGAAAAAUUAUGAUACGUCUGAUAUACAUGCCGAUAUAGAUGAGAAAUACACCACGGCCUGCAAGCUUAAUGGGAUUACGUCUUCAAACACCGACUCUCCAUAUUUCACUGAAGAAGACAAUGCCUACUUUGUUCUAGAAUCACAGAACAAAGCGUGUGAUGACACCAUGUCAGUAGACAAUCUGCCUCCACCUCGUUUCAGUGUAUUGGGCGAAUGGUAACUUUUGAGAAACAACGCUUAAGAAUUCCUCUGACCUUUUUUUGUUUCAUUCAAAACAUUUAUAAAGGAUUAAGUCCAUAUUUAUCUUAAUUUGAAUAUAGUGUAAUUCGUUGCUAAAUAAACAUUUUAGUAAUAUAGUUUCAUUUUCAAAAUGACGAGUUACUGUGGAUUAGGAAAGUUAAAUUAUGAAUCUAUCUCGUCCAUGGCGUACAAAAAGUAGAUUUAAAAAUUGACUGUUUGAUAAAUUUUAUGUAUAUAAUUUUCAUUUAUUAAAAUACUGUUACAUGUUUGUUCAAUUUAUUCGACAUAU